AGCACCGCGGCCAGGGAGCGAGCGUCAUCGUGCGCGUCUUUAACUUUGGUGCGUUGCUACAGUGGAGACUUGGUGACUUUUGCUUCAUUUUGGCUCCUUUUUCACUUUCUCAACUUCUGUUUCCAACUCGACUGAGUCCUUGGACGUGAGUGGCCCUGGUCCGACCUGACGAGCGGCAGAGAGACUGACACCAGAGCGGCCCUGAAACGAUCGCGACAUCUUUGUUAGCCAGCAGCCAUGUUGAUCGUCCUAGUCCUCAUCAUGCUCUUCCACGUGGCCGCGGCCGUCCUGCUCUUUGUUGCCACCAUACACAACGCAUGGUGGCUGGUGUCUCCACCAGGACGCGACGUGAUCUACUCUGACCUGUGGUACUCCUGCAACGCCACCUGUUACCCCGUGGAGAAGAGCCACACCCCUGACGCAGCCUACCUGCAGACCGUGCAGGCCACCAUGAUCCUGGCCACCAUUUUAUGCUGCGUCAGCUUCUUUCUCUUCAUCCUUCAGCUCUUCAGGCUUCAGCAAGGAGAGAGAUUCAUCUUCACGGCUAUUAUUCAGAUUUUGGCCUCCCUGUGCGUGAUGAUCGCGGCGUCCAUCUACACCACUCAGCACAAGUCCUUCCACGUGAGCAGUCUCCGCGAUGGCUCCUACGGCUCCUCCUACAUCUUGGCCUGGGUCAGCUUCCCCAUGACGCUCCUCAGCGGCGUCAUGUACCUGGUGCUCAGGAAACGCAAGUAGGCGCCGCUCGGCGUCGGCGCGCACGAGCGGGAACACUUGGACGCCGCUCAUCGGGGGAAACGUUGCUGUAUCGACGCCGUGACGUAGACAACAUGGCGGCCUCUGUUGUUUUCAUUUCAGACGCGUUCGACCUCGCUUUUUAGCGCCAGCUGUUGCGCCAAUUUGCAUUUCAGGUUGGGCACGUGUCAGCUAGAGAUCCUACUCCGCCAAAGUCCAGUUUGCAUUAAAGAUAUAAUAAUAAUAAUAAUAAUACCAGGGCGCUGUGUGUAGGGCCCCGCAAUCCCAUGUCAAAUGAAAAUGGGACAAAUUCCUAGCCCCUUCCUGCUAGGUCACUGAUAACAAUGUAAAGUCGUACCUCAACUUACCAGCUUAAUUGCAGCAAUCAGAGUCAAAAUCGAGUUUAUUUGCCAAGUAUGUUUACAUUUGACUUGUUUGUAAUGCUAACGACGCUAGUUUGAUUACAAUACGAUAGCACAUACAAAUAUGCACGAACACACUCCUAAAGAAGUCACACAUGGGACGCUUUAGCACAGGGGUCCCCAAACUACGGCCCACUAGCGUCGAAAAUCCGGCCCGACGGAAGUCGCAAAUUAAAAAAAAUAAAAUAUAUAUAUAUACAUUUUUUUUGUCUGUCCUUUCCAGC